CUUUUUACAUCGAUUUUAAACUGUUUUAAACCAAAUGCAAGAAGUAGAAGUCUUCGUUUGUAGUUUUUGCAAAGACACGUUCGAUUGUAAAGAUGAUAUUGCAUGCCAUAUACUAAAUGCUCACAAUAGUAAUAAAACUGUAAAAAGGCUUCGAGAGCAUUUAACAAAACUAAACACCAAGUCGUCCAAGCUAAAACCUAGUAAACCAUGUCAAAAACAAGCGAAACCAGGGUCUAGUCAACCACCUAAGGUGAAGAACCUUGAAAAAGAAUUUUACUGUGAUAUUUGCGAUUAUAAAACUGUUCACCGGUCUACAUACAAGAGACAUUUGCUAAAACAUGAAAAAGAUGGAAGACAACACAAAUGCACAUAUUGUUCCUACUCAGCAGUACAGCCACAUAAUCUUAAAGUUCAUCUGAAAACUGUACAUCCAUUUGGUGCUGUGGAGCCUGUUAUUAUUGAUCAAAGUAAAGUUGAUACUUCAUGGAUAUACUCAUAAAGGCAACAUCUUUUAAAUAAAACCAACAAGCAAUA